AUGGUCCCCUCCUUCAGCGGCAAAAAGGAUCAAGAAAACAUGGCACUUCAUCAAAAUCUUCUGUCAACAUUUUUGCUUCUACAUCUUUUCAUAAUAGGAGCAAAAGUUUCAGAAUCUGCUCGAAUAUUCACUAUAGUAAACCAUUGUAGAGAGACAAUUUGGCCUGCUGUUUUUCCGGGUGAAUAUUUUAACGGAGGUGGUUUCGCCUUAAGACCGGGCCAAUCUCUUGUUUUCACGGCCCCAGUCAGUUGGUCUGGUCGAAUAUGGGCUCGAACAGGCUGCAAUUUCGACAGGGAUGGUAAUGGACUUUGUCAAACCGGACGUUGUGGCAAUUCUCUAAAAUGUUCAGGCUCGGGCGAACCCCCCGCGUCUCUAGCCGAAUUCACCCUCGCCACAUUGGACUUUUACGACGUUAGCCUCGUCGAUGGGUUCAACUUGCCAAUAAGUGUGACACCCCUUAAUGGUAAAGGAAAUUGUAGCGUUGCAGGGUGUGAUGCAGAUUUAAGGUCUACUUGCCCUAAAGAACUGGCCGUUAGAAGCAAUGGUAGGACCGUGGCAUGUCGAAGUGCGUGUGAUGUGUUCAAUACCGAUGAGUACUGUUGUCGGGGUAUGCAUGGGAACCCGUCUACAUGUCAGCCUACAUCCUACUCAAAAAAAUUCAAGGAAGCGUGUCCUACAUCUUAUAGUUAUGCGUAUGAUGAUCCAUCUAGCAUUUGUACAUGCACGGGAACAGAUUAUGUUGUCGCAUUUUGCUUAUCGAGGAAAAAACCCGUGUGCACGUACCAUAACCACAAUUUGAUUUGCAGUGAUUCAACUGGAUUACGACCAUCAAUGGGGAAGUGGUGGACUAUGAUUCUUGGUUCGGCUUUUACGAUUAGUUUGUGGACAAUUUCUUAA